CUAAGAAAAAUUCAUCUCAGAGGGCAUCUCAACUAUAGGGAGAUCGUACGACGUUUCGAGCGACAAAGCACAUUCCAUGGAAUCUCACACGCUGCACUUGCGCCGAAUACCAAGUGGCGAGUGAUAUGAACACCAACAAAAACAGGACAGCUGCUCUACAUCUUUAUUGAAUUGCAGCUCAAAUUCGAAAACGCCCCAUUCCCGUCGGUUACACUGUGCAACCUGAAUCCGUAUAAGGCGUCAAUGAUCCAGAGUGAAGAAACGACAAGAUCAACGAUGGAUGCAUUUGCAAAUAUUGUAAAAAGUGGUGGAGGAACAUAUGGUGUUGCUGCAGCGAUUGAUGCAGCCCGAGACGAUAAAGGUUCAAAGCAACGUUUCAAACGAGAUACACAACAACAAGAACACGAUGAGAUGCGAAUACGCCGUUAUCAUCAGGUUUAUGCUCAAUGUAUUUGCGAGGUGAAUGCGCUCUCUGGUGAACGUAAAAAAGGCAGUUGCUUCGCUGCAUAUAAAGGCAACAUUUCCAUUACAUUCUCAGAUACAAUACAACGCUAUCAUCCAAGUAAAUGCAUCUGUCAACUCGAUUGGAUUUCCAAAACAUUAUGGCCAUGUUUUCCUGCGAAAACAUGGAGACAACGCGUUUGUACAGAAUGCUCUCCAGACUUGGGGCAUUGUCCGAUGAGAUUCUAUGAAGGCAAACAACGAAGUCGCUUAAAAUUUCGUGAUACGAACGUUUGUUUAUGUCAUACAGAAUACAAUCACUGUAUUGCAAAUAAUGAAAACGGUUACAUCACUGAAAUUGAUCCAAACACGGAUCUAUCAACACUGAAUAUCACAUCGAGUAUCGGAUUUCAACAGUCAACAACAACAACCACCACAACCACGCAAACACCUGAACUUAAACAAGCGCUCGGUUUUGAUGGUCUUACUGAUGAAAUAGCAAUCAAUACACAAGCACAACAGAAUCUUGUAUUUGCUGUUGGUCAAUUACCGUACACGGAUAAGGUGUCAUUGUCACACACGCGAGAGGAAUUCAUUCUGAAGUGUUCGUUUAAUCAAAAAGAUUGUGACAUGAAAGGAGAUUUUAAAUUACAUUACGAUCAAACAUAUGGCAACUGCUUUACAUUCAACUGGAAUCGAACAAAGGUAGUUACGGCACAUCGAGCUGGAGCAAAUUAUGGACUUCGUGUUCUCCUCUACGCAAAUGUGUCCGAAUACCUGCCCACUUCUGAAUCGGUUGGAUUUCGAAUCACCGUGCACGACAAAUGGAUAGUUCCAUUUCCAGACGCAUUCGGCUAUAGCGCCCCAACUGGUUUUCUUUCUUCAUUUGGAGUCAGAAUGGUAAGUGCACAAUUAUCAGCCGACAACAAUUAUCAAAAAAGCGUCACUCUACCAAAAGAUGGAUGUCACCGCAGUUGUACUCAAAAGGAAGUUAUUCGAUUGUGCGGCUGUGCAGAUCCCACCUAUCCAAUACCAAAAGAUGCUGUUGCAUGUAAAGUGAGUGAUCCAAUCGCACGUGAUUGUAUUAAGAAUACAUCGCAGCACCUUGGACGUCUUAUUGCUGAAGGGAACGUGCCCAAUUGUGUUUGUCAUCAACCGUGCCAGUGGCCAUCAGGUACAACAAAGAUAAUGGAAUGUGAAGUUAGUGAUGAUUUAUGCAUGGAACGAUACCGAAAGAAUGCGGCUAUGCUGCAGAUUUUCUACGAGGAACUCAAUUAUGAGACAUUAACUGAGUCUCCGGCUUAUACAUUAACAAGUGCAUUAGCCGAUCUUGGUGGUCUAACAGGGCUUUGGAUUGGCUCGUCUGUAGUCAGUCUAUUGGAGAUUGCAGCGCUGAUCGUCUACUGCGUUCAAGCUUACGUUCGUAAAAAGAGGAAGGGCUCAAGCAUCUCAUCGAAUCAAGUGAUUCAUCCUAUAGUAUAUCCCAAAUACUCGAAACGUUCGAUGACAUCCUUAUCAACGAUUCGAUCCAAAAAGCUUUCUGCCCCAACGCGUUCAACACCAUCCACCAUUGAUGAAGUUGAAAAGCAGCUCGAACCAGCCGCAGAUGUUUCAAGUGAUGAAAGUAUACCAUCAGAAGCAGUUGCUCGCAAAAACACAUAUCGCUAUCUUUCACCCAGUGAUGAAUUACCCUGUGACUGUGUCUAUGGUGAAAAUGGCAAAAUCAAGAUAAUGCGAGCAUUAUGUCCAGAGCAUGGCUAUUUGGUACGACGUGGCGCUGACUAUAGAGUAUGUGGUGAAAUCCAAAUUGAUGAGAAUGACUUAACAAGUUCUUCAAGUACCAGUAGUGCUGAAGAGGAGAACAAUGAGAGGAUAUCACUAAAUAGUAUAUCAAAACGGAGUAGGCAUAAAUUAAGUAGUACUCCAGAUGCAACUAGAAAUGAUCGUUGUGAAAGGAGUUCCAGAACAUCCAAGCAAUCACGGUGA